AUGGCACGCUCAUUCCAAAGAGGAGCGGAGUCACUUUGUCGCCGUGUGUCGGUUUUAUUUCAGAUUGAUUCGGUGUUGGUUGUAAUGAGGGCCAGGAUAUCACUUGCACCUGACUUCGUACUUCUUUACCCUUUCGCGGCCAAAGCGUCUGGGAAUCGCUACCGCUACUUGAAUAGCAAGGAAACAGCAACUGACGAUGCAUUGAUUUCGUACUUCGCCCUCGAUGAUUUUUUUGGUUUUAUUUGUUUUACGAGUUGUACUGCAGAUGAAAGCGAUCAUUUCAUUCUCUCCAUGUCCAUCGACCCCCCCCCGAAUAUCGUGCGUAUGAUGCGGAGCUACAGGAGAAAAUUAUUUCCUGGGGGGUUGAGUACUUGAAACAUAGUACAUUGUGUCGAU